AGGAUUGUUGUGCGCGGAGAAUUUCUGCGCCGUGCUACGAUGCUUGUGGAUUCGCGUGAUGUGUUUACCGCAGGAUUCCUUAUUUAUUUAUUUAUUUUGUUAAUUGUUUGUUUAAAAAUAAUAAUGGAUUUGAGGAUGAAAAGAGCACUGGGAAUUGUGGAUUUUGGUUUUGUCUUAAUAAAUAUAUAGUGUUUGUAUUGACUAGCAGGUAGUUGUUGCAUUUGUACCAAAUCUAAAUGGACUGUCGUUCGGUCUUACCGGUUUCACGAGUUUUUAUUUUUAUUUUUAAAAUUUAUUUAAGUAACUUUUUGUACCUAAAGGAAUGACUUGUGAGCUUUGCUGUAAUCUUUCUCGCGUUUGUUGCCGAGCGCGAAUGUAAUGUAACCUGAUCUCUCAAUGCUUGCUUUCAUUUAUCACUCUCUCUCCGUGUUAGCCAUCCUUUUCGUUUUCGCCUCCGAGAUCCUCAACAACCAGCGUUGGGAUUAAUUGGUUCCUGCUGCUUUUGAAAGGAUUUGUGGGCUUUCCUGGGUGUUUUUAUCACUGCAUUGUCACUCGUUAGUGUUUUACUGGAAAGUAUUCCACUCUAGCUUGCAUGAUCUAGGAGCUUAUGGCAGUAAGCUCCAGGUGACGGAAGGCGAACGUGAGAUCUCUUUCGAGAUUUAAGUGCGUCCUACAAACUUUUGCCGGUUUGAAGUUCUUAGCUAACAACAGCCAUGAUGACCUCAGUGAAGGCCAACAUGGAGCUCCCUGUUGAAAAGAAAGAGGAGAAGAAAGCAGUUUCAGAUGUUGGAGCCUGGGCUAUGAACAUUAUCAGUUCUGUUGGGAUUAUCAUGGCUAAUAAACAGGUCAUGUCGAAAGCAGGUUAUGACUUCAGAUUUGCAACAACUUUGACAGCGUUUCAUUUCGCAGUGACGGCAGGAGUGGGUUAUGCAUCUGCAGCUAUGGGCUAUUCCGUCUCAAAGCAUGUGCCAUUUAAGGAUUUAUUUUUGUUCUCCCUGGUGUCCAACACAUCCAUUGUCUCAAUGAAUCUGAGUCUCAUGCUUAAUUCUGUCGGUUUCUACCAGAUUGCCAAGUUGAGCAUGAUACCCACUGUCAGCGUUCUGGAGUGGUUGAUUCACAGUAAGACCUACACAAGGGAGGUCAAGACCGCCAUAUUUGUUGUUAUGAUAGGAGUAGGUGUCUGCACUGUGACAGACGUUAGUGUUAACCUUAAGGGAUUUUUGGCAGCUCUCACUGCUGUGAUUUCUACUUCACUCCAACAGAUUUAUAUUGGAGCGCUGCAAAAGAAGCAUAGCUGUGGUUCUUUCGAGCUGUUAAGCAAAACUGCACCUAUACAAGCUGCAUCUUUGAUAGUUCUUGGACCAUACGUUGACUACUUUCUCAAUGGGCGAAACAUUUUGGACUACACCUACACCAGUGGAGCCAUUCUAUUUAUAAUGCUCUCUUGCUUUCUUGCCGUAUUCUGCAACAUCAGCCAGUACUUGUGUAUUGGAAGAUUCUCUGCAGUCACAUUCCAGGUUCUGGGACACAUGAAGACUGUUUGCGUUCUUCUUUUGGGAUGGAUUCUGUUCGAUUCUGUGUUGACCGGAAAGAACUUAAUGGGCAUGUUUAUGGCAGUAGUUGGAAUGAUCACAUACAGUUGGGCCGUGGAACACGCCAAGACACAAGCAGCUAAAACUACAACUGUUAAACACCUUGAGCCGAACGCAUCGGAAGAGGAAGUCAGCACACUACUGAAAGGUGACUUGGAAUUAGGAAAGACAGUUAAGUACUGAGUACGUUCUUAUAUUUAACAUCUUCUACGGCUUGUACCCUACAAAUGCCUUCUCCAGGAGCAUUUCUUGCUCGGAGAGCACGUAUUGAGUACUAGUGCUGAGGGCCUGACUCAGCUCAUAACUGGAAACACAUGAUUAAUGCAUUCCUGAAAUCAUCACAGCAAGCUUGAGAGUGUAAGCUUGAGAGAUAAGUUUUUUACUUUUUUUCUUUUUAUUUUGCCCCUCUAUCUCUGAUCAGUUAUUAGCGCGGGAACUUUUAGCUCCUUUUUGACCUCGCCUUGGCAAUCAAUUAUUUAUUCAAUUUUUCCAGUGAAGCUGUUGUUUCUAUCUCAGCAAUUUUUAAA